GCGGAGACAGCUCAGACCUGCCACCCUCUCUUUGGUUAAGGACAUUAUUUUUUUUAUUUAGUCUACUUUCGGGAGCUGUUUGCGUCAUGAAGAGCACUCAAUAUUUGGAAUAACUGACGUUCAGUUAGAAGCGGUUUUUUUCUCAUUAAACCUAAAUCCUGCUCAUAGAUCAUUCUGAUUUUGCUGUAGCCAUCUGGCAAGGACAACUGACCAAGUCAAAUCUUCAAUUUGAAAAUGAGCUUCACAAGAGUUCUCAGUGCUCUUGGGAGUCACCCACAGCCAGGAGUGAUACCUGUCGACCUCACCCUCUGUCUGAGCCUCAGUCAGCGCCAACCGCUGUAUGAACUGCUGUCCAGUGCUUCUCUGAAACCGGCAGAGCAAAGCUCUCGGCCAGCUCAAUGUCUGCAGAGGACUGUCAGCCGCCGCUCCCCUUCUCACCGCCACUCCUCAUAUUCAACGCUGCCCUCCUCUCCUGUGUACUCAGGGCCUCGGAGCUGUUUCCGCAAAGACAGCAGCGGUCAGAACAAGAAGCGUGUGGUGUUUGCAGAUGCUAAAGGACUGGCCCUUACUGCUGUGCGCAUGUUUAUCCCCGGCUCCUCUAUCCCUACUCCUACUCUGGUGAUGAAACCUGUCCCGGUCAGAUUCCAAGGUCAACAGUCACCCAUAAACAAACUGCAGCAGCAGACCCUCUCAAACAAACUGCAGCAGCAGACCCUCUCAAACAAACUGCAGCGCCACAAGUUGAGGCUGGGUUUCCCUCAGCCAGUCCUAGACAUUUCUCUGGCACGUCUGCGAGAGAUGCGUGUACAGUUGGAAAGCUGCAACAUUUCAGAAAACACUUUGAACGGCAGAGUGCGUGUCUCUCAUGUCAGCACUGACAAGGCUGUGCAUGUAAGGGUGACCUUUGACUCUUGGCGGAGCCAUCAUGACGUCCCCUGCACAUUCCUGCAUCAGCAGCGUUUUGGUGGUUCAGAGGUGGAUGUGUUUGCCUUUGACGUAAGCUUACCAAAGAACAUAGAUCCAGAGGACAGAUUUGAGUUCUGCGUGUCGCUUAAAACCGGAGCUGGAGCAACAACACACUGGGACGACAACAAUGGACAGAACUAUACAAUCUAUGUGGAAAAAGACAGAGCUAAUGCUAACCAGGGCACUGCCAACUGCUUUUACCCUACACUUUCAAAAUAUCAGCAGCCAUCUUGGCCCUCAAAUGUGUCCCACAAUUUGCAAAAAUAUGCUGAUCCCUGUUACUUUCAGGGUAGCUUAUCGAGAAGGGUCCAAGCAGACUGGGAUACUGUGUUCGUUUAGGAAGUGCAGUCCACACAUUGUGAACAGAGCUAUGUGAAUAUGUCAAUAAUAUGAAAACUGAUGUUAAUAUACUUUAGAAAGAUAGAGCUUUAUUUCCAAAAGCAUGAAAAGUAUGAACUUUUUGAAAAUUGGGGGGAAAAUGUUACCCACCUGAGUUCACCCACCCUGCUGAAAUGUGAAUUGAUA